AUGGUGGGACAAGAGGACCCAGUGCAGCGGGAGAUCCACCAGGACUGGGCGAACCGGGAGUACAAUGAGGUCAUCACCAGCAGCAUCAUGACAAUCACAGACUUUCUCAACUUAUUCGAUAUGUCUUGCCGUUCAAGACUCGCAACACUAAACGAGACAUUGACAGCUCUUGAACGGAGAAUAGAGUACAUUGAAGCCAGGUGACAAAAGGUGAGACCCUCACCUAGAAUCGUGCCACACUGCUGCUGGGAAGUUGCUUCUACAGAACACAGGCCAAUGUGGGAAAGGCCCCAGCAGCCUUCAGCUCCUUCCUCUCUCCUUACAGAACAACAGGGCUUCUUCUUGUUCUUCUUUUUUUCAAAAAUGUGGCCUUUGGGCUCUGCCAUGUACACCCAGGAGCGUGAGGUGGCACGUUGGGAGGGGGCCAGGGGGACUCUUGGCAACAACGUUGGGCGUUUUUACCUUUUCGGAAACAUUUUGCAGAACUACUUGUCAACGUAUUUGAGGCGCUAAGAGCCAAAAGCCU